AUGUAUGCGGACCGGAAGGUCCAAGAUUUAGAGUUUGUCGUUGGUAACCAAGUUCUAUUGAAGAUCUCACCCAUGAAGAGUGUUAUGAGGUUUGGGAGGAGAGGCAAGUCGAGUCCGAGGUAUAUUGGGCCAUUUGGGAUUCUUAACCGUGUGGGCGAUGUUGCUUAUGAGUUGGCCUUGCCGCCAGGCUUGGCAGGAGUUCAUCCAAUUUUCCAUGAGGAGCCUAUUGCGAUUUUGGAUAGGGAGGUUCGAAGGUUGAGGUCUAAAGAGAUAGCUUCUGUGAAGGUGCAACGGAAGCAUCAUUUUGUUGAGGAGGCCAUUUGGGAGACUGAGUCCGAUAUGAGUAGCCGAUAUCCUCAGUUGUUCGCUGAUUCAGGCAAAAAUGGAGUUUCUGUGGUGAAGAAGCAUUGCACAGAGAAAAAGGAAAGGAAAAAGAAAGAAGCAGAGGAACAAAAAAGAGCAAACAAAAGAUAA